UCCACCGUGUUAGUAAACAAUCCUGGAACUCUGACGAGGAAGAAGGCUGCACGCAAGCGCAGAAUGACCCGGCCUACAGGCUUUAACUGAUAAAAUCUACAGAUUACAUGCCGUAAAAUUUAGCUCGCCCCAAAUUUCAGGACCUGUCCUUUUCAAGAGCUGAAAGUGAUCAAAGGAAUGAUUGUGUUUGUUAGGUUCAAUUUGAGCCAUGGAUUCCCGGUGGAGGUUGAUACAAAUGCCAGGAUCUUGCAGCUUAAGGAGGCUGUUGCUAAGAGACAAGGAGUUCCAUUUGACCAGUUGUGCGUUAUCUUUGCUGGAAAGGAGCUGAGGAAUGACUUGACACUGCAGAGUUGUGGCCUGAUCCAGCAAAGUACUGUUCAUGUGGUCCAAACCACUUCUCAACUAACUCAAAACCCACCUACUGAUACAACCACUGGCAUUCUGUGGAAAAGAAAUGGAGGUAAAGCGGACAUCUUAAAUCAGAUGGAUCUCAGUGCAUCUGUCUUUCCAAGUCAUCCUAUGAAUCUCAAAGCUGUCCUUGGAAAUGGAGGUCAGGGUCAUCUUAGCUGCUAUGAAUCUUCAGGUUCAAGACCUUACAACAGAUUUUAUGUCUAUUGCAAGACAACAUGCAAAGCAGUGCAGCCUGGGAAACUAAGGGUGCGGUGUAGCACGUGUCAGCAAGGAACAUUGACUUUAACCAGGGACCCAUCUUGCUGGAGAGAUGUUCUGGAAAGGAGUAGGAUGACAGGUGUGUGUCAAACAGAAGACUGCAAUGGAACUGUUGCAGAGUUUUACUUCAAAUGUGGAAAACAUCCAACCUCUGAGAGUGACACAUCUGUGAUUUUGAACUUAAUUACUCCAAACAGACAAAACAUCCCAUGUAUAACCUGUACUGAAACUGUUGAUCCAGUGUUGAUAUUUCCUUGUGUGGAUCGACAUGUCAUAUGCUUGGAUUGUUUCCAUCUAUAUUGCGUGACACGGCUGAAUGACCGGCAAUUUAUCCAUGACCCAGAACUUGGAUAUUCCCUCCCCUGUGUGGCUGGCUGCCCAGACUCACUGAUUAAGGAAGUGCAUCACUUCAGAAUUCUUGGGAGUGACGAGUAUGAUCGUUAUCAGCGCUACGCUGCGGAGGAAUGUGUGCUACAGAUGGGUGGGGUUCUGUGCCCAAGACCAGGUUGUGGAGCUGGACUUCUUCCUGAUGCAGGUCUACGUAGGAUUGAGUGUCUGCAACAAAAUGGAGUAGGUUGUGGGUUUAUAUUUUGCCGUGAGUGCAAGGAAGAGUAUCAUGAGGAGGAGUGCAGUGGCCUUUGUAUGACAGAAUGCACUGUGACCCAGCAGGAUUGUGUUAUCAAUCAGCAAGCUGCACAGCAAGCUCUCUGGGACAAGGCCUCAAGACAGGCAAUCAAGGAAACAACUAAACCUUGUCCCAAGUGCCAAGUACCAGUGGAGAAGAAUGGAGGCUGCAUGCACAUGAAAUGCCCCAGGCCUUCUUGCCAUUUUGAAUGGUGCUGGUUGUGCAGCAAGGAGUGGAAUCGUGACUGCAUGGGAGAUCACUGGUUCGAGUGACUUGAACAAGAAGAAGCAGAACAAAUAUAGAGCUCUGGAAAGCACAUUAAAUUUAUUAGUGACUAGCAUUAGACAUAAGGUUUGGUUUGCUCAGCCAUGUACAAUGAAAUCACAAUGAGUUGAAUCUUAGGGAGUCUGCCCACAAAUUUAUUAACAGAUAGUCAAGGAGACCCCAAUGUGACCCAAUUUGCCAAUAAAGACAGUCUGUGCCAAAAAAAUCCAAGUGAAAAGAGUAAAAUGCAAAAAAUCAUUUUCAUUUUUAAUUUGUUCACAUCUUGCAACAAUUAAUUCUGGUACAGAAAAAAAACAUUGAAAGAAAUUUGGAAGUUAGGCUGGAAAAUCUCAGUAAUUUUUUUGCUUAGCAUAUUGUCUUUUGAUGGGUAUGAUACAGUCCAGCAUUGUACUAAUUCAAUCAAACAGGUUUUCUGUGUUUUCAUGCAGCAAUACAAAAUCCCAGUGUAUCCCUAUGAUCUUUACAGCUUCAGCCAGGGAAACAGGCUAGUGAGCAGCUACACAUUUAUCAGACUCUUUAAUGUUGGCCUCCGCAGGCUCCGCAGUGAUUGAAUCUACUGCAUCUAUAAUUCCUUCAUCUGCCAGGUCCAUUGUGCAGUGUUCGGUGUCAUCUAUCUUACCAUUGGUUUCCAUGAUUGUGUCUGCUCGUAUUGUCAUGCUGACCUCUGGUAAGUGAGUGAAGAGGUCUGUCACUGAGUUAGUUAUCCCCACACUCCUCCUCCUCCUCAUUCUCGGUGCCUUGAACAGUUACAGCCUACUUGAUCCCAGCAUGGUAGAAGCAAUUAGCAAUUGUAGCUAUCAUCACCUUCUUCAUCAUAAAUAUGGCCUCAGUAAUAGUUGGAUUGUAGUCCUGCUUCUUAUCAAUGGCCUUGUUAACCUGAGAUCAGCUACCAUUGAUAGUGGCUUGUCAGAUUCCUAAUCUGCAGUUUGGCCAGGUGUUGGGUGGCAGAAAUAUCAUCUUGACCCACUCCAUUUAGUUGGCAUGAUCAAAUCACAAGUUCGGCUAACUGGGAGUUUCAGUUUGGAAACUCAGUUUAUCAGGGACAUCAGUCUUUUUAAUUUGCUAUUCUGCCAGUGUUAACUACCGCACAACUGGAAUUUGGAGUAUCAGAAUUUGACACAUUGGAAUUUCACUGUACUAUACCAAAAUGUAUGAAAUUCAGCAACAUUUUCCAUUUCUUCAUAGGAGGGCUAUUUACAUAGAAUUAUAUGAAACUACAGCACAUAAAGAGGCCAUUCAGCCCAUAUGGGCAAUGCUGGUAUUUAUGCUCCACACCUUAAACCCAUAAUUAAUCUAACCUUAUCUACGCAGCCAUCUAUUUCCUUCUGCUUUAUUUACUUAUGAAGCAUCUUUUUCAUUUGAACUACUAGGUCUUUAUUUAUAACAAAUUACAUAAAAGGAAAUUUCUCCUGAAUUCCCAAUUUAGUUUAUUAGCAACUGUCUUACCUUAGUUUCCUCUGGUUUUGGAUUCCCAACAACUGUAAACAACUUAUCCCCCUGACAAUUAUCCAAUAAACAACUUCACAAGUUUUCAAAACUCUGCUAGGUCACUUUUAAACAUUUGCUUUUCUAAAAUGCAAAAAAAAAUGGAGUCCCAGCCCAUUCUGUCCUUCCAGAUAACUAAAAUCACUUAUUCCUAGUGUCCUUAUCUUUGCCUCUGUUUAAUGAAACACUUAUUUCCCCUGAAUACAACAGGAUUAGGAUAUCUUGCUGCCAAAUGAGAGGGUGUACUUUGAGUCUUUCAGGAUAGGGCUGGAAAAACAUGACCCAUAAAUACAUGGUCAAUAUUUACUUAUUAAAAUGAAAUCAGCACUGUUGGUAACUAAGAUGAAAGUAAGGACUUUGAGAUAAUGAAAUAAAUUUUCACAGACUGCAGCACAAACUGUGGAAAUAGACCAGUCACUUGGUACCAUACUGAUCAGUCCUCAUAUUUAACUCCACUGACUGUAGUGUAAAUGAAUAUCAGGUGCUAUACGUCAGACAGCCCAUCCAAUAACUCUCAUUUCCUCCGCUCCCCACCUCUCCUUCACCUUUAAUGGUUUGCAUUGCCUUUAAUGGGCUUUACAAGUAAAUUGUUCAAUUGGAAACAUGGGUGAUUUGCUGGUGUUAAUCAAUCAAUCAAUCAAUCAAUGGGGGUGGGUGGGGAGGGGAGAAAAAAACGUUGAUGGAAAAAUAAUCCCAUUUUUCCCACUCUCCCUCACCUUUGAUGGACUGCAUUACUCUUAACUGAACUUGCAUGUAAAUUAAUCGAUUGGAAAAUAUGGAUGAUUUACCGGUGGUGGUUAAUAGAUGGGAAAAAAAAACACAGGUGAUUUGGUAUUGGGAAAAAAACAAUUAGUUUGUGUGUAAGAGCAUAUCUAGAUUUUUAAAAAUAAAAACUCCCAUUUUGCACCAUUAUUUGAGACAAAUUUCUAAUGCAGCAUCUGUUUAAACUAGAUUUCAUACUUACUC